ACAUGGCGGCGCCCACUAAAGCGGCCGUGGUGCUGAAGGCUGUGAAGAAAAUCAUCGUUCAGUUUUGUCCCUUCGAGUCCAAUGUUCGCUCAACACGGGAGUUUCUGGCCUUGGUGGCCUCGGAAAAGGCCCGAUCUACUAACUUGAACUGUGAGGUGAUAACCACGGUGAAACACGACAAAUCUGAACCUGUCGUGGACGUGACUUUUGUGGAUGGAGAGCGGCUGCUGUUGAAGGGGGCAAAGUUGAGCCGCAGUGAGAUGCUGAGCGCGUUUCAGUCCUACUGCGCAGCAAAGGACCCACUGGGAAAAGCCGGAGCGAAAAAAUGACCAUGUUCUGUAUAUCUGUGUUCAAUUUAUUUGUAUUUAUGUGUGUGUGUUAUUAGACAUGUCCAAUAAAAACCACUUUGCUGGAUACA